GACGAGAUAAAAUGAAUUUGAUUUCAUUUUCAUCUUUCCAAUUCCCUCCUUUAUCUUUCUCUCACUCCUUUUAUUUUCAUCAUCAUGGAAUCCCUAAAAAUACAAUUUACACCAGAAUUUCACCUAACCCAAACCCAUUUCAUGAACAAACUCUCUUCCAAACUCAAACCCACCAUUUCUUUCAGAUCCUUCUGUUCUUCUUCUCUUUCCCAAACCCAAGCCCAAACCCAAACCCAAAACCCUGAAAUCAUAGUUCCCGUAAGAAGAAAACGUAGGGUUGUAUCUUCUUCUUCUUCCGAUGCUCAGCUCAAGGAAAAUUGGUUGGCUUCAAUCUCUUACUCUUCCCCAGCAAAUUCUACCCAUUUUUUGAGUGAAGACCAGAACCUGACGCCGAAAAUUGAGGGUUGUAAAUGGUUUCUUGGAAUUGACCCAGAUGUUUCUGGUGCUGUUGCUUUGUUGAAAAUGCAUGAUUCUGUUUGCUCUGCUCAGGUAUUUGACUCUCCUCAUGUGCAAUUACUAGUUGGCAAAAGAACACGGAGACGUUUAAAUGCCAAUUCUAUUGUUCAGUUGAUCCGUAGUUUUGAUGCUCCAGCUGGAACCAUUGCGUAUAUAGAACAGUCGAUCCCUUUUCCACAAGAUGGGAAGCAGGGCUGGUGGAGUGGAGGAUUUGGGUAUGGGCUGUGGAUUGGGAUCUUAGUUUCCUCAGGAUUUACUGUUGUUCCAGUGCCAUCUUUUACUUGGAAAGCGAAGUUUGAACUCUCUGGAAGCAAGAAUGCAAAGGAUGAUAGCAGGAAGCUUGCAUCCACAUUAUUUCCAUCACUGAGUUCCCUGUUAACCAGGAAAAAAGAUCAUGGAAGAGCAGAGGCUUUAUUAAUUGCUGCAUAUGGCAAAGACCAAAACAAAAGCCAAUAACCUACUGAGACCAUCAUCGACGAGUUGGAAACCUGAAAAUUUACGUAUUUAUCAAUUUCUGCCCCUCCCUACUUCUAUUUUUCACUCUAUCCAUUAUUUGAUUGCUAAUUGUAUGUCCUAAUUAUAUUGUAUACUAUGUUCUAAUUUAUAUAUAUUCCUAAGUUAUUUAUUAUUAUUGUAAAGAUGAAGAGUUUAUUUAGUGUAUUUGGAAUUUAUCUUA